GAUAAAUUAAACCGACCCAAAGAUGCAGACCUCCGUGGUUGUGUUGGCUGUAUCCCUCCUCUGCCUCUGUGUUGCUGAAGGAGAAGCCAAUAGCACACAGGAUCAUGACAACGUACGGGCCGUACGAGAAUUAGGACAUUGCAAGUACAACAUUUAUCACCUCUUCCAACAGCAGGAGAACAGACUGAAAGACACUGAGAAGCACCUAGAGCAUCUGAAGAAGGAGUUGAAAGGUAACCAGGUGGCAUUUGGAGCCGCACUUGGUGAUGUGGGUAAUGUUGGACCGUUCCACUAUGAAAUCACACUGCUCUACAAAAAGAUCUUCUCAAACAGUGGCUCGUACAACCCUUCAACUGGUAUUUUCACUGCUCCAGUCAGAGGAGUCUAUUACUUCAGUUUCUCUGGUCAUAACCAAUCAACCAGACCAAUGGGGGUGAAACUGAUGAAAAAUGGAGUGCAGAUGACUACCGCGUACAACCAUCCUGGACCGGCCCAUGCUGUGACAGCAACCAAUGGCAUGAUUCUACAGCUGGAAGUGGGAGACCAGGUGUACAUGAGACUUUUUGCAAAUACCUGGAUUUUUGAUAAUAUUCACAGCCUCAGUACCUUUAUUGGGCAUUUGUUGUACAGUCUGUAAGAACAAAAAUUUUAAAAGUCAGGAGCUUCAUUAUUUUCAUUGUUGGCAAGUUUUUUUUAUUGAUUGUGGGGUAAUCAGAAAUGUUAAUUCCAGAAGUGGUCCUUUACAUGUGGAUUAGAGCAACUGAAGGAAUUUGAAUCAAUGUACAAAUCAUGUCAGAGGUUUAAAGGAUGUCUAAUGUAAAAUAUAA